AUGCUGUUUAAGCGCGCACAGGUUGCUCCCCAACUCCAACCACCUUACCAAGAACUGACAGUGAAGAGACCACUUGCGAUAAUUGCUGGUUCAUGCAUCUCCAAAAACAUCCAUUCGCCUGCGUACUCCUUCUCGUCCUUUUUGUAUCGUCUACUGCAGCGUGGAAUUACCCACAAUGCGAGUUCGAUAAGGAUUGUAAGACUGGCCAGAUUUGCUGCUAUCAUCGUGGAGUACGCGUGGGCUACCGCCGGCUUUGUGCACUACGAAGAAGAAGUGCUCUCUAAUGUGAGGUCCGAGGCUCUUCGACGAACUCCUACCGGCUUUUGCAACUAUUUGGAGACGGACAAGUUAUGGAUCAUUCUGCGGGUCAGAGGAUGGCGACGGAAGGCUCUCAAUGAAAAAGUUUGA